AUGGGGUCAAGACCACAGCACUUCAUGGAGCUCACCCAAAAUCCUCAUCACCGUACACUCGCUCACGAACUCUACCAACCAAUGCCUAACCCUCACCUUUUACACGGCGAGGCUAAGAGCUCCGCGGCUUCCGCUACCGUAGAGAACAGCGAAGCUAUGAUCUCCCGCCAUCGGACGGCCUCAACAUUUGACACCGAGAGCCAAUCUCCCACGCAUGCCUCCGCAUCCGAUCCUCUAGACCUCGGUCGCCGUCUCAAAUCCCGGUCGGAGCUCGACAGUAUCACAGCCAACACUGCUCGAAAACGGAAUGCCUGCAAUCCACUGCAUCUGGCGGGACAUACCCAAGAGUCCAAGAUCACAAACUUUUACGAGUCGCAGAAUGAACAGAUCGAGCGGCUACUGAAGCCAGUAGAUGAGCAUGUCAGGGAGGCAAGAGACACUCAAACGUCCAACCAGCUGCGGUACCAAAUAGCGGUAUAUGGCUCGUUCGUGGCAAACAUCAUUCUUGCGGUGCUACAAGUCUAUGGCGCUGUAGCCUCAGGGUCACUGUCGCUAUUCACAACCAUGGCGGAUGCCAUCUUCGACCCCUUGUCCAACAUUACACUCAUAUUAUCUAAUAAAGCCGUCAACAAAGUCGAUGCGCGCAAAUUUCCCGCUGGCAGAGCACGGAUAGAAACCGCUGGAAACAUUGUGUUCUGUUUCCUCAUGACAGCUGUCUCUUUCAUCCUCAUUGCCUUCUCUGUACGGGAACUGGUGGAAGGCUCAAGCGAAGAUACCAAAAAGUUCCAUCUCCCGUCAGUUGUGGCUGUGACCGUGGCAUUUUGCACAAAGCUAGGGCUUUUUCUCUACUGCUGGGCACUCAGAAAUCAAUACUCCCAAGUCCGCAUUCUCUGGGAAGAUCACCGCAACGACUUGUUCAUCAACGGCUUUGGUGUGUUGACCUCUGUGGGUGGUAGCAAGUUGCGUUGGUGGAUCGAUCCUGCUGGUGCCAUUGUUCUCUCUGUCUUGAUUUCCAUCCUGUGGCUACAUACUGCGUACUCCGAGUUCCAGCUCCUGAUCGGUAUUUCCGCCGACACGGAAACGCAGCAGCUCAUUACGUAUGUCUCUAUGACACAUUCCGACCACAUCAAGCAUAUCGACACUGUCAGAGCGUGGCACAGCGGUCCGAGACUGGUCGUGGAGGUGGAUGUUGUCAUGGACCCUGACGAGUCCUUGAGAGUGAGCCACGACAUCGCAGAGGAUCUGCAGAUGAAGCUGGAGAGUCUCCCCAACGUGGAGAGAGCCUAUGUGCACGUUGACUACGAAUUCGAGCAUCGACCAGAGCAUUUCUUGAAAAAAGAGCUGUAG